CGCAAUACAAAGUUAAUGGAGAUGGUAGGAUUGUUUUCCCCCCCGGUGGGCGUGGUUUUCAGAUUAUGAUGUGUGUCGCUCUGUCUCUAUUGUUCACAAUGGCCCCGGGCCAUCUGGCAGUCCUUAUUGUCAAGCCCUGCUGUUUUAUAAAGGAUUUUUGAUUCUUUUUUUUUUUUUUCCCCCAUGAAUUCAGUGCAGAAGUAUGUAAAACAUUCUGUUCCAUAAUGCCAGAAGGGUGUGAUCUCACUCAAUAAAAGACUGAACAAACAGGAAUGUGUAUUCACACUAGUCUGACUACAACAAGGGAAGCAUUCUGUUUUUCACUGAACAUCAGAGGAUUCUAAACAGAGAAAUUUCAUGGCUUCAGCGCUGUCUCUCCACCUCAUGUGCCCGGUGUGUUUGAGUGACUUCAACGAUCCAGUAAGUUUGCCCUGUCAGCAUGUUUUCUGCAAACAUUGUAUUACAAGUUAUUUGGAAUCAAUUGAAGGUGCUUACAAAUGCCCGGAAUGCAGACAAAACUUCACCAGACAGGAUGUCAAAGCUAACCGAGUUCUGAGAAAUGUUGUGGACGCCGUACAACAACAGCGCAAGACAAAACAGCAGACUCCAAGGACAGCACAAGAAGUUUGUUCUGAGCAUGAAGAACAACUCAAACUUUUCUGUGAGAAUGACCAGAGAUUGGUUUGCCUCAUCUGUAAGGAGGGAGAGAAACACCGUGGACAUGAUUUCAAGCCUGUAAAAGAAGCUAUGGAGAUCAGUGAGAAUGUGGUGAGAAAAGCAUUGAGAUUUAUUGUGGAUGACAAUAAACAAGUGGAUGACAUGAUCUUGAUCCAGAUGCUUGAAAUCACAAAAUCUAAGGAAAGGGCCAAACAUCUUGAGGAAAAGAUGCAUGCUCAGUUUAACAAAAUGCAUGACUUUUUGAGGGAAAAGGAGAAAGAAAUUAUGAGACAGCUCCAGAAGGCAGCCAACAGUGCUGAGAAAUCAAUGCAGCAAAAUGCAUCAUUGUUGACAAAUUUGCAAAUUAAUGGAAAUAAUCAGGUAUCUGUUUUGGAGUCAGGACUAACAAUAUGCCAACCUGAGAAGUUUUUACAGUGGUGGAGUGAAGAAGGUUUCCCUUUGGUUGAUAAAAUCACACUCAGUGAGAACAAAGGCAUCACGUCUGCCUUGGCAUCCAAAUUUAAAUCAAAACUUGAUGGUGCUAAAGUGAUUUCUGACCACUUCACCCUUGGCCCUUAUGAAACUGACCUGCCAUUAAUUGUUUGGAGAGACAUGCUAGGCCCUGUGAAACAUGACCUAUCAGAUACAUCUACAAUAGACAAAGACCUGAAACUGGCGAUCAGAAAAGAGAGCUAUCUGCAGUCUCAAGAGGAAGAUUACUUUGCUAAAUUUCAGAACUUUCACAACGGUUAUAAGGACAAUUAUGUGGAGAACAUACAACCUGGUCAGGUGUACUGGGAGGUUGACAUAGGAGUUGAACCAGGAUGGGAACAUGGACUUACAGUUAGAUAUUACCCAAAGGAGAAGAAUGGUUCUCUCUGGCAGACAUUAUUUUCUAAAUGUUUUGAGAACAUAUCUCUUUCAGUGAAAAAUGACCGAGUUUAUGCUGUAAGGGGCAGUGAAGAAACCCUAAUCGUCAGCCAGAUUAUACCCAGGAGAGUUGGGGUUUAUGUAGACAGUGAGAAACGUCAGAUUGUGUUUUGCAAUGCAGACAAAAUGUCUCUCAUUCACACAGUGUGUUGUGGAGAUAAAUAGAUUUACCUAUAAAUCAAACCUUCUAUUUGUACACCUGCUUUGGCUUUCUGAGAAUCUGAGAAAUGGUCUGGUUAUCCUAUUCAUUUUUGUAUGAAUUAUCAUUAUUGUUAUAAAUAUGAUGUUUUGAUUUCUAAAAAAAAAAAAUUAAAAUGGGUCUGUUAAAUGAAUAAAUAUAAUUUGAAGUGGUAUUUUCACAUUUUUAUUUCUUUCAUGUAUAUAUCAGUUAAGCCUUAAAGCAUAUGAUUAUGAAUAAGGGAUUUGUCCAGCAUAAAUUAUGCCAUAUGAUGUUGUAUUUCAUAGUUGAACUGUAUUUGAGAGUGUGAUUUUUAUAUAUAUAUAUAUAUAUAUAUAUAUAAAAUGUAUGUACAAAUUUACUGUAAAAGAGACUUUGCUCUAACAAAUGCUCCUAUAUUAACUGGCAUAUUCAAAAAUGAAAAGUAAAGUGACGAAACUGACACUGAUAGGUCACAUGAUAAUGACAACAUGGCGAAUAGUACAUCCGAAUUACAUUCAAACUACACACAUUUAUACUAUAUACUAGAACAUACUUUUUUUAGCGGUCGUGGUCAAGAGAGUACGCGAUUUCGGGUGUCAUGUUCUGGUUUAUUUUUCUGUUCCUGGGACUCUUACACUGCAUUCACAUGGGGCGUCGGCGUUAACGCUUCUCAUUUACUUUGAAUGGGUCAUGUCACACAUUGCCGAUGUGAACUGUGGGUUCGCGAUGCUCAAGGCAGAAGUUGAAAAUUUGCCAACUUUUCAAGCGCCAAUGCAGGCGUCAGCCAAUCAGAUCACUUUAGGUAAACACCCUAGAGCAGUCGCUAGACAAUUGCAUUCAUGCAACGCCGGAAUGUAAUGUGAUUGGCUGUUGUCACUAUGACAUUCAUGUCAGCACCAAGCUUCAGACACGCCCUCCGUCAAGCGUUGACGCCGACACCCCAUGUGAGUGCAGCGUUACCAGUUUGUAUGUUCCUGUUUCCUGUGUUUAGUUCCUGUUUCCUUUGUUUUCUUGUAUUGGUUUGUUGCUGCGGUUACUGAUUAUGUUGUUCACCUGUUUCUUGUUUAGUUCCAUUUUAUCCUGUAUAUUUAUACCCCCUGUUGAUUUUGCGGUUGUCUGUUUAUUUUCCUGUGUGGUGCUACAGAGUGCUUUUGUUUUAUUAAUUUAAUAAAACUGCUGCGAUUAGA